CUAACGAAAUCAACGGGUUCGAAUGCGCCAAGUUUGCGAGGAAAUCUCAGAAGAAUAUCGUCGACAGCGUCGCGCCGCUUAGCUACCGUGGACGAUUCUAAUACAGAUCCGCGGUUGAAGGAACCGAGAUUUGAGGAUAACACUGACGUUGUUAUUGUCGGUGGCGGGCCUUCCGGAUUGGCGGCUGCAAUUAGGCUUAAGCAGUUGGCGAAUAAGGAAGGAAAAGAAAUUAGAGUUGUUGUAGUGGAUAAAGGAGGUGAAAUUGGUGCUCACAUUCUCUCCGGGGCAGUUAUCGAAACUCGUUCACUCGACGAAUUGAUACCCAACUGGAAAGACUUGGGUGCUCCUCUUCUUCAACCAGCCUUAAAAGACCGCAUGGUUUUCCUCACCAAGUCCCUUUCCUUUCCUCUUCCCCAUCCGCCUGCAGUAAACAACAAAGGCAAUUAUAUAGUCAGUUUAAGUAAUGUUGUAAAAUGGCUUGGCGAACAGGCUGCUGAAGUAGGAGUCGAAGUCUAUCCUGGUUUCGCUGCUAGCGAAGUGUUGUAUAAUGAAGAUGGCAGUGUAGCUGGAAUUGCUACUAACGAUGUUGGAUUAGACAAGAAUUUUCAACCAAAGGAUAAUUUCGAACGUGGAAUGGAGUUUAAAGCCAGAGUCACUUUAUUCGCCGAAGGGUGUCAUGGAUCAUUGACAAAAACUCUAAUUAACAAGUUUAAUCUGAGAGAGGGACGCGAUCCACAAACGUACGGGAUUGGAAUUAAAGAG